ACGCGUAGGUGGGAGUAGCGGCAGUAGCUGUAGGGGACUGGGGAGCGAAGCGAGUCGCGCAAGUGCGUCCGUCCGCGUCGGUACCGAAAAAUUAGUAGCGAGAGAAAAUCCGGGCGAAAGGUAACCUGGACAGUAGAACGUAACAUAAAGAAUCGUAUCUAGAGGAACGCGAGGUUAGUCGGAAGUAAAAAAGGAUAUAAAAUUGGAGGUGACAAAUUCCUGGUGGAUAAGUGUAAGACAGAUGAACGUGAGCGGAUGAUAUCCGCGCGAAAGGAAGAUAUAAAACAAAAGAAGGAAAGGAACAGGGCACGCACAGUGGAGGGAUAUCGACGACACAAGGCGGCGACGUGAACAAAUCGCACUUCUAUAGAAGAGGUUUCAUCCAUCUCUAAUAUCUCUGUCUCUAUAUAUUUUGUGUAUGUACGUAUACCUGUGUGUAUAUAUAGGUAUAUAUUUACGCGAGAGGAUCGACCAACUGUCACAUUGGUCGCCAUUUUAUUAAUCUGGUAGCGCCGACCACCGCUCUUCGAGCUGCUGCUGCUGUUGAUGCAGCGCGUGUCUUCUUCUCUUAUGCUUCCUUCCUGAUGUCGAAUAGGAGAAGACAGCAGCAGGGCGCGACCGAAAAACUGGCCGACGGUGGUGUGCGGUGAAAAUAAUAAAUAAACCCGUGUAUCCUCCGCGAGAAGGAGAGCCAACCAACCAACCAACCAACCAACCAGCCAGCCAGCCUGUCGGGGUGUAAAGGUGGUGCUGCGCAUACCGCUGACAACGACGAGUACGGACAAUGAGGAGAAUAUAACCAACAGUAGUUGAUGAAUAAAGACGGCGAGUCGUGUUGCGCCCGUGGCGUCGUUGAGUAGAGAGAAAAGUAGAGAAGAGAAGAUCGAGGAGGAGGAGACGGCACAGUGCAUAUAGGCUUCGAGUGUUUUCUUUUGUGAGUGUGAUAUUCUACGUGUGUUUGUUACGUGUGGUAUGUGUGUGUUUUGUGCAUACGCGUUUGUUGUUUCGCCUUCUACGUAUAAUUAUACACUACUUGUGCGUUCACUCGUACAGUUCCUGCAUGUAUGCACACCUCUCGCUCUCUCGACCUGGAUUAGUAACUGAUCUCCCGUAGUAGUAAGGAUAAGGAACCGGAGGCGGCGAAGCCUUGAGUCAGUGAGCAAACCGAGCAGUGAGUGAGUCGAUCGUCAUUCUCGUCUAGCGUGUCUACCAUCCUAUACCACCCCCCGUGCCGUUAGAGAGUGUAUUUCUCACGAGGUUUCUUUUAGUUCAUGGUCCUCGCUUGUGCCAUAGAGGAUACACACGCGCACAGACACACGCCAAGAUGUGCAUGCCUGUAGGACAAAAGAUAAUCUGCAACUAGUGUUCCUCCAUCUUGUAAACAAGUGAAGUGAGGAAGAAAAUAAAAGACAAGCUGGAACCGCGCGCAGUUCGAAUAACCACGAGAAGUGAUAACAUGCGAUAGGAGGAAUAUUUGACUCGUCCGUGAUAUCCAUCCUCCUCCUAAUCGCGGUUGUGGUCACAAUACCGUUUGUAAACGACGAGGUGCAUCGUCGUCGAGGAAUUCUCUCAAAGAAGCGAGGAAAGAAGAAAUUGAGGAGAGGGAAUUUUUGGGUGGGUGUACACCUGGGGGAUCGGGGGCGGCCACCACCGCCAUGCCUUGCGAUAGUUUAGACAACAAUCAACAUCCGUGCAGGAACAACGUCGGGGGUUUCGAUAAGAUUAUUUCGCAGGCCAGCGAACGGUGUACAAGGUGGUACGAGACGAGAUACGAAUUGCUCUGUGCCUGAUCUAGAACGUAGGAGAAAUCCGUAUCGCUGUUAACGCCGGCUUAGCGUCGAGGCGAGAGGAAGGAAGUAGUAGGUAUUUAAUAGAUGAGAAGAAAGUGACGAGGAGAAAAGGAAAAGGAGAAUAAAGAAAACACGAACAAUUUAAAUACUUAAGGGUAGUAGUUAGAUAGGACACUGCGAAAAAGAAUUCUGGGAGUUUACCACAAGUAUAUUAUACAAUUAAAAUAAUUGAUAAUUCAAAGAAAAGAUAAAAAAAAAAAAAAAAAACAACAACAACAAAUGAAGAAGUGUAUAAAGUAUUAUACUGUAAUAGUUACCUAGAUAGACACGAAAGGGGAAACAAAUGUGAACGUAAAAACGAGGAAUUUAUAUAUCUGCAAAGAGAGGAUCUAGAAAGAAAAAAGAGAAGAAGAAAAAAAAAAGGAACAAGAAUAAUCACGAACCAGCGGAACUCCUAAACGACUAAUAAUAGUAAUAGUAAUUAAACGCGAUAACGAUGCAACAAAUUAGUGGCGUGAAAACGAUGUUGGUUUUCUAUCGGCGUAACUUCUAGUGGAAAACUCACCGAACGAAGUUGUUAAUCGACAAACCUAAGAAGAUAACGAAAAGGAACCAGCAUAGGACUGCGACGAAAGGAAGGAAAAAGGAAAAAGUCUCAAUUUCGAAACCAACGUCGUCAUCAUCGGUGCGAUAAAAACCGCGUCAAGACCUAAAAAUCGUGAAUCAACGGUAAACAAGAAGCGUGAAGACCCGAAGAGGCGAAGAAAAACAAGGAAAAGUCUUAAGCGCGAGGCGAAAGUGACAAGAAGAAGGAGCGAGAGAUCCCUGCGCGAGUUGGGCGUCUUGCAUAAAAGUUAGUGGUGGCGUCUCUGGGACGUCACUGCACAAGACUACCCUCAGUGUGCGAGAAUGUUACCACGAGGAGUGAGGGCGUUACUCGCCCUGCUGGUACUCUCGGCGUCGACGAGGGCGUCGAGGAGCACGCCCGCGGACAUAGUGCACACGUUCGCCGACCCUGAAGUCGAGCGUCUGAACCACCUGGUGGUGGACAAGAACACGGGGCGAGUGUUCGUGGGUGGUGUGAACCGUCUGUACCAGCUGUCGCCGGACCUGGACCUGGUGGUGAAGGAGGUUACGGGACCGAAGAACGACUCGAACGACUGUUCGAUGAUCGACUGUCCGGCCGGCGUGGUCAAGAAGUUGACCGACAACGUGAACAAGGCUCUGGUCAUCGACUACACGACGACGAGACUGAUAUCGUGCGGCAGUCUGUUCCAGGGGAUGUGCACGGUCCGGAAUCUCCACAACAUAUCGGACGUUGCUCAGGAGGUGCGGGAGGCCGUCGUCGCCAACAACGCGACCGCAUCGACGGUAGCCUUCAUCGCACCGGGUCCUCCGAACCCGCCGGUCUCCCAGGUCAUGUACGUCGGCGUGACCUACACCGCGAAUUCGCCUUACAGGUCCGAAGUCCCAGCGGUUAGCUCGAGAUCACUGGAUAAAGAGCGGAUGCUCGUGAUCGCCGAGACGGCGGUGACGACCGGGACGAGAAUGUUCGUCAACUCUUUGGCCAGAGAACGGUUCCCCAUAAACUACGUACACGGUUUCAGCAGCGAGGGUUUCAGCUACUUCCUCACCACUCAGCCGAAGAGCACCGCCACUGGAAGCGAGUUCAUUUCCAAGCUGGUGCGCGUCUGUCACGACGAUCAGAACUACUACUCGUACACCGAGAUACCGAUCGACUGCACGAACGAGCUGAGGAAGUACAACCUCGUCCAGGCGGCUUACGCCGGCAAGGCUGGGUCCGACCUUGCCGGACACCUCGGCAUCACCGCCCAGGACGACGUACUCUUCGCCGUUUUCUCCGAGAGCAACGCCACCACCAACAGGCCGUCGUCCAAGUCCGCGCUCUGCGUCUACUCCCUAAAAGCCAUCAGGAGAAAGUUCAUGUCGAAUAUUCAACACUGCUUCGCCGGGCAGGGGCAGCGGGGAUUGGACUUUAUAUCGCCAAGUCAUCAGUGCGUUCCUACGAAACUGCAGACUAUCGCUGAAGACUUUUGCGGUCUUGAUGUCAACACGCCUCUCGGAGGCCAGGAUCCUAUAGCUGCUUUACCGGUCCUUGCUUUCGAGGAGCAUCUUACUGCCGUUGCUGCAACAUCGACCGGCGAUUACACCGUUGUCUUUGUCGGCACUAGCGAUGGCCAUCUCAAGAAAGUCGUCGUUGAGAGUGCGACCUCGGCUCAGAAGUAUGGUGACCUUGAGGUGGAUCCGAAAUCCCCCGUGAAUUCGGACCUACAUUUUGACUCGCAGCUUAUGCAUCUCUACGUGAUGACGCAGCGCAAGGUGUCCAAAGUCAAAGUUCAGGAAUGUUCGGUGUACAAGACGUGCUGGGACUGCUUGGAGGCCAAGGAUCCUUACUGCGGCUGGUGCUCGCUGGAGAACAAGUGCAACCUGAGAAGCGACUGUCAGGAUGCAGCCACCGACCCCUUGUACUGGAUUUCGUACAAGAGCGGUAGGUGCACGACCAUAGCAAGCGUCACUCCGAAUCAGUUGCAAAGAACGACUGCCAGGACCCUGGAUCUGGUGAUAGAGAACCUUCCGACACUCCCGGGACAGUUUCUCUGCGCGUUCUCGGCCCUCGACAAAACCCUCAUAACAAAUGCUACCCGAAAAUCGUACGGCGUUAAUUGCACCACUCCAAGGACCGAUCUGCUGCCGUCGAUACCUCAAGCCGAGCACCACUUCACGGCUAGAUUAUCCGUCCGAAUGACCAGCGGACCCGACCUCGUUGCCACAAAUUUUACCUUCUUUGACUGCAACACGUACAGCUCUUGUACCCAGUGCGUUUCAUCGAGCUUCCCCUGCGACUGGUGCGUCGAUGGUCACAGAUGCACUCACGACACUGCCGAGAAUUGUCGCAAUGACAUUUUGGUCACCGGAGUCAGCAGAAUCGGCCCGAGUUAUAGAAGUGGACCAGGUUUUUGUCCAACUAUAAACGCCACGGAUUCUAAAGAAAUACUCGUCUCGUCUGGAAUAAAGAAAAAUAUCCGUGUCAAAGUGCAUAUCAUUGGGCAAUUCAUCGUGCAAACGAGGUUCGUCUGUCAGUUCAACAUCGAAGGACGUGUAACGAGCGUUAACGCACAACUUUUAGCAGACACGAUAUAUUGCGACUCGACUGAGUUCUCGUACACGUCAAGGGCGCCGAACAUCACGGUUCCUUUCGCGGUGAUAUGGGGAGGCUCGAAGCCUCUGGAUAAUCCCGACAACAUUCACGUUGUCAUAUACCGUUGCAAGGAUAUGGCUGACAACUGUGGCAUGUGUUUGGCUCUCGCCCAAAAGUACGGAUGUGGCUGGUGUCAAAGCUCCGAUAAGUGCGAGGUGAAAGAGCAGUGCAACAAUCGAGGUUCGGGCGUUUGGUUAAACAGAAAUGAAACCUGCCCAAACCCAAAGAUUCUGUCGUUCGAGCCGCAGCUUGGGCCAUGGGAAGGAGGUACCAAUGUAACGAUACGAGGAAUAAAUUUGGGCAAAACAUUUGCCGAUAUAUACGCUGGAGCGACGAUUGCCGGACUUCCGUGCGAGCCUUACCCUGAACUCUACGUCAGGACAAAACAGAUUGUAUGCAGAGUCGACGGGCCUGGUACUCCUCAGGAGCGAAAGGGACCCGUGAUAGUCAAGAUAGAGGAUUUUCGCGGCUACUCGGACGUCAACUUCGAAUUCGUCGACCCUGUUAUCGAGUCCAUAUCGCCUAAGUAUGGCCCUCGGAGUGGUGGGACCGUCAUCAGGAUAACAGGACGUUACAUGAACGCCGGAAGCAGGAUACUCGCCUUCAUAGACAAGCUACCGUGCUCCAUAAUAAGCGCCGAGGCCAACGAGACCCUCUGCAUGACCAGCGCCAGUAACACCACCCGCAGCGGUGUGCUAAGGAUGCAGUUUGACAGCGGAGUUAGACAGUACAACGGCGUUUUCGAAUACGUCGACGAUCCUACGAUAGAAUCCGUCGAGAGUGGCGUUCCGGGACAGGUCAAAAUACCCAAGGGGAUUCCUGCCGGUGGUAUUAAGAUAUCGGUAAUUGGAAAGAACCUUGGCUACGUGCAAAAUCCUCAGAUGUAUGUCUACUACGACGACAAAAUGUUCGUCUCUCAGUGCGCUACGUUCAGCCAUACAAACAUGAUUUGUAAUUCGCCCGCCGUCGAAGUAUCCGAAGACACUCACCUGGACGCUGAACAUCCACUGCAGCUGGAGUACGGAUUCCGCAUGGACAAUGUCACGGGCGUACAGAACCUCUCCGCUAAUGGGCACAAGGAUUUCCUGCUUUACCCAAAUCCUGUGUACGACGUGUUCGAGGAGGAAGUGAAGUACUACAAAAGUGACUAUCUCAACAUAAACGGACAGCACUUGGACCGCGCGUGUCAGGAGUCGGACGUGACUGUCCAGAUCGGCAACUCCUUCUGCAACGUGACGUCCCUAUCGAGACAACAGCUAACAUGUCGCCCGCCACCGCUUCAGCCUCCAGCCUUGGACAACACGGGUCUUGCGAACAAGCAGGAACUUCCAGAGGUGAUUGUAGUCGUCGGAGGUGGGCUGAAGUACAAAAUUGGGAAGCUCAGCUACGCCUCGCCGACCGGGAUUAACGGGUCUUUAUCCAGACCCGCAAUGUACGGAGUUUCAGCGGCCAUAGUGAUCCUGUUGUUCAUUUUCACCGCGUUCCUCGUUGCUUACCGCAGGAAAUCAACGGAGAGCAACAGAGUGCUCAAAAAUAUGCAGGAGCAAAUGGAUAUCCUUGAACUCAGGGUCGCCGCCGAGUGCAAGGAGGCCUUUGCCGAGCUGCAGACCGAGAUGACGGAUUUGACCGGCGAUCUGACCAGCGGCGGCAUUCCGUUCCUUGACUACAGAACUUACGCCAUGAAAAUACUCUUCCCUAAUAUCGACGACCACGUCGUCCUGCAGAGAGAGAGACCUGAACUUAUGAGAAAAGAAAAGGGACUCAGAUUGUUCGGGCAGCUGAUCAUGAACAAAACAUUCUUACUGCUCUUCAUUAGGACCCUCGAAAGUAAUAGAUACUUCUCGAUGAGGGAUCGAGUCAAUGUCGCCAGCCUUAUAAUGGUCACGCUUCAAAGCAAAAUGGAAUACUGUACAGACAUUCUCAAAACACUCUUAGCCGAACUUAUCGAAAAGUGCAUGGAAGGAAAAAGUCAUCCGAAGUUACUUUUGAGACGGACUGAGAGCGUCGCCGAAAAAAUGCUCUCCGCAUGGUUUACUUUUCUUCUUUACAAAUUCUUGAGAGAAUGCGCCGGCGAGCCGCUGUACAUGCUAUUCAGAGGUAUGAAGCAGCAGGUGGACAAGGGACCGGUGGAUGCGAUUACAUCAGAGGCUCGCUACUCAUUGUCGGAAGAAAAAUUAAUUCGCCAGUCUAUCGACUUCAAGGCAAUGACCGCCUACGUGUCGAUAUCCCAGCAAACUGUAUUUGUCAGUGGAUUGGAUCCAAAUACCGAGAACGUCGCGGUGAAGGUUUUGGACUGUGACACGAUAUCCCAAGUGAAAGAGAAGGCAUUGGACACGAUAUACAGAGCCACGCCGUACAGUCAGAGACCGCGAAAAGACGACCUGGAUCUCGUUUUUCAUCGUUUGUUAUCCGCAGAAUGGCGCACCGGCACGUCGGGCAGAUUGAUACUGUACGACGACGACUCGACGACAAAGGCUGAGGGAGAUUGGAAAAAGAGGAACACGCUCAACCACUACAGAGUGCCGGAUGGCGCGUCUCUGAAUCUAGUCUCGAAACAGUCGUCCCUCUACAACAUCUCGAUACUCUCGGAGAAAACUGACAAGUCUCACAAAUAUGAAACACUGAAUCUCAGCAAAUUCAGCUCCGCCAGUCCUCCGUUGUCCCGUGCUACUUCGCCGCUGAACCAUGAUCACGACAGCGGAAUAAAGUACUGGCAUCUCGUCAAGCAUCAUGACACAGAUGCUCAGAAGGAGGGCGAGCGUGGUAACAAAAUGGUCUCGGAAAUAUACCUGACGAGGCUACUCGCGACCAAGGGUACCCUCCAAAAGUUCGUCGACGAUCUGUUUGAGACCAUAUUCAGCACCGCGCAUCGGGGGUCCGCUCUUCCCCUUGCGAUAAAAUACAUGUUCGAUUUCCUCGACGAUCAAGCUCUGCUUCACGGCAUAUCAGACCCCGAGGUCGUACACACGUGGAAGAGCAAUUCCCUGCCCCUCAGAUUUUGGGUCAAUCUUAUCAAGAAUCCAAACUUCGUAUUCGAUAUUCAUAAAUCGAACAUCGUUGACUCUUGCUUAUCCGUCGUCGCCCAGACCUUCAUGGACAGUUGCUCAACGUCGGACCAUAGAUUAGGUAAAGACUCGCCGAGUUCCAAGCUAUUAUACGCAAAAGACAUUCCAGGGUACAAAGAAUGGGUGGAUCGAUAUUAUUCCGAUAUUAAAAUUAUGCCCGCAAUCUCUGAUCAAGAUAUGAACGCUAUGCUGGCCGAAGAAUCUAGACUGCACUCGACAGAAUUCAACACGAACUGCGCACUCUACGAGUUGUACACAUACGCGGUAAAAUACAACGAACAAUUAAUCGUAACGUUGGAGGAAGACGAGUUUUCGCAGAAGCAGAGGUUGGCCUACAAGCUCGAGCAAGUGCACAACAUAAUGGCAGCGGAGGGAAAUCCCUGAUGUCUCGCUAACCAUGUCGAUAGUACAACAACGUUCACUAGAUCUCGCCAGGAUUUGCCGUGCUGAGUUAUAUUAAAUAGGUAUAUUAAAUUAAAUUAAAUUCAAUUGAUUGAAACAAAACGGAAGGAAAAGAAAGAAGAAAAGAAAAUAAAAAACGCUUUCGAUUCACGCGAGAUAAAUCCGACGAAACUGGCAGCUGGAGCCUUCGGCGAGCCUCGACCUGACAGGCUGAUGGCACCUCUUCUGCACCUUUUACUCCAGUGUUGAUGACAUCGUCGGGAGACAAUGUCAUCUCGGCUAACACUUGACCUCAAGUAUCAAAGGUGUAUGUUUAAUAUUGUGCUUGAGGUAACGAGAAGUGUGUUACUAAACGAUUAUUACGAAGAAGAUGAUAAUGAUGAUGAUGAUGAUGAUGGAUAAUGGAUAAUUAAGCUGCAAUUUUCACCGCUGCGUAAUUCGAUAUUACGUAAUGUAAAUAACAUGUAAUGAUUAUGAAAAUUCAGGGGCGUCUGUAAAUCGCAUUAUAAUAUCGCGAUCAUGUAACACACAAAAG